AUGAUAAUAGCAUCGAAAAAUGAAAAAGAGCUCGGAUCGGACUCGUCGGAGAUAGUUUUGACCAACGGCGAGUUCCCGCGCCGCACCACCUUCUUUGGUUUUUCGCGCGUCACACUCGUCAUGGCCUGUGGAGACGCCUUGCUGUCCCUCCAACGCCGCCAGUUCUUUUCCUCCAGCUAUCUUACGCAUUUGCAUGGCGAACGGCCACGUCCUGUUUUUUUUUUUCAUUUUCUCUUUUUUCCUGUUUACUUUUUCUCGAUGAUGUGUAACAUGGAAGACGUGUGAUGCGAUGGGAAAAUUCGACAAAAAGUAAAAUCUAGCUAUUUUUUUCUUGUCAGUUGGCUGAUUACUCUGCUUUUCUGUCAUCAAAUUUUUGAAGUUUGAUCAAAAAACUCCUUUACUUUCGAAUUCAUCCUUUUUUUAUAACUUACCGGGCGUUUUUCAAAAUGUUGUAUUCUGAACUUUUCCUUCAAUUUUUCAUGGUUUUCAGGAUUUCGAGGAACACCAUGUACUGGUUAAAAUUUCUUCUCAUAUCCGCGAUCGCACAAGGUUCGUCUCCUCAUGAGUUCUUUCUCCCAUACUGAUAUUUGAACGAAUAUUUGUGGCGAAAUCGAAAAAGCCUUAUAAAGUUCUCACACAGAUUCUCUUGAGAUGAAUCAUUGUUGUGAGAUUUUUCAAUUUUCGGAAAAAUUUUCUCGAGCGCUAUUUUUCGAAAAUCAUUUUAUGUGGAAACCAGCUCCUUUUUUCUGUUUCAAAAGUUGUGAUACUCUGUUUCAUUUUCUAUCUUUCGAAAACGGUUAGUCUGAAAAUAAUUAUUUUUCACACGUUGUGACUAUAAGCGAUAUAUUAAUUCAAAUCUUCAGAAGUCUUCAAAACACAACAUUAGAAUAGAAAUAGAAAAUUUCCCAUUGUUGACUCAACUAAUCGAGUUAUGGAGUGAAAUUAGAGAUCACAACAAAAAAUAAACUCUUUUUUCUAUUUCUUGAUCCCUUUUUUUCAGAACGAGUGCUGUCGCAGAUGAUCGGAGCUCAAGUGAAGAUCACCGAUCAGCCGUUUCCCGUGUCAAACGCUCAGCAGCUGAACCAAGUAGUGUGGACGAUGCUUGGCACAAGCACCAAAGAGACCAUCUACUGCGUUUCUGAAGCCCCCGUGUCACAGCUGCGGUUCGUCUGCAUCGACUGCGUCGAGAAGAACAUCACUGACAUGGUGAACGUGCUCAACUCGGCUCAAGACGUUACCAGAAGCGCCGGUUUUCCGGUAUGUUCAUCAUUGCAAUAAAAUCCAAAAACGGCGAAACUUAAAAAAUUGUCGUCAAUUAACGUGUAAAGUACGUAAACAACUGUUAUUACGCGCAUUUCUUGAAAGCUUUUACUAAACGGAAGGCGCAGCGCUCUGUAUCAACUCAGAAUUAUACUGAAAACGGCGAUUUUUUUUGAUAGUUCCAUUGUAUUCGGGGAAUGAUCUGGACAAAAAAGACUCUCAUGACUGUUUCAAAAACGAGAGUUUUUUUUUCCACGUCGCAAAUCCAGGCCAAAUUCAAAUCUACGCGCCCUGCGCAGUAAUUUUUUCCGGAACGAGAGCACAGUUUGUCAUCCUGCUAGUACCAAAUCCUCGCAGUUUCCACAUAACUUCUCCUCUGAAAUAAAUUUUUCUGGUCGAUAAAACCUGGCCUAGUGUCUCUCAACGCGGCGUCCACCUCCAUUGGUUGCCGGCUGGGGGCCAGUGGCCUUGGAAAUUUUUUUUUUUUGGCCGAAUUGUUAGCGGCUACUGAGUGUUCAGCCACUAAAAGCGUGUCCAAAUCUUUGUAAUCGUGUUAGCUCCUAAUGGGAGUUUUAGCGGAUUGAAUGGUGAGGAAACACAAUGAGAAGCAAAGCAUUGAAAUUAGAGAAAAAUCCAGAAUCAUUUUGAAGGAUAGAUGUUGCCGAUUGAGAAACAUUUCAACGAAAAAGAAAUAGACAUCAUUAAGAAAGUACUUUUGCAACGUUUUUUCAAAAAAUCCGUAAACCUUCCGGUUUUUUUCUCUAUUGAAAACAUUUUUCCUUUUUUUGCAAAAACUAGAACCGUAGGAGCUGAAUCAGCUUUAUGCGUUUUUUUUAGACCGAUCCAUCCUUCAGUGUGGAAAAUAAACCAAACCCACGGAUACCUCCAUUUUAUGGAUUGUCCAUGCAACAAAACGGCUAAGCCAAGCCAUUGACAGGUCAAGGCUGCAAGUUGAAAAGGUCGUGCCGACAUGCCGCGGGUUUAGGAAUCGCGCGCGAAGAGAUGGCAACUCGGAUUAGCCGCCUAAAUGGGAGCGAACCAUCCCUAAAUACGCGCUUUGGUAGCCUAAGAUGAGAAUUUUGUCGAUUAUUGGAAGGAGACUAAUCCGGGUUGCUCCUUUUCUAGCUGCCGCGUUUUUGACAGAUCCAGUCAAAAUAUUGGAAUCACACACUCUGUUCACCGCUAGCUUAAGUCGAAAAACGAUUGAGUUGCGUGGCUUUUUAGAGUUUGUUGAUUAAAAUUAAAAGCUAGCAGCCAACUGAAUGAAAGUUGAUUUUUGUUAACUAUUUUUCGCUAGAAAAGCGUACACAACUAAAUGUCGACCUAAUACUUAGUAGAGAUCAUUUUCUUGAGCCUAUUUUAUAAAAAGGAUCAGUAUCUUUAAAGACGGAAACAUUUGGUCAAAAAGUUAUCUUCUGUAGAAGUUUUUUCCUCUUUUCCAUAGAGAUGCAUUUGAAAAUGCGGAUAUCUUUUUUUCUUUUGUCGCGCCACAGUCAACAAUUGCUUGUACCUUUUUGCAUCUAGCCGAAAGAUUCCUCUCUCAGGAAUAGUGCGAAAAGCAAAUGGCAUCCAGCACAGGUGUGAAACAGGUUGCACUGUUUCCUUGGCCGCUUUUGGGCUGAUGUCUUUUUUCGUGGCGGGACAGGUAGAAGACGUCUGUUUGCACUGGGUUGCGAACGUCGCGUUAGAGGUCGACCUCUUCUUCUCUUGCUCAAACAUUUGCGUGGUGGCUCCUGCUCAAUUGUGGCUCGUUUUGUAUGCGAUAUGGCUGCGUGAUGGGAUGGGAACCUUGAAAUUGCUUUCCGGUUGAACUGAUUGUGGGAAAGUUCGAUUCUGAUUGCAAAUGAAUUGAAGGUUUAUGAGGCGUGCGUGAGAGAGUUGAUCGUAAAAGACGAAGGAAGUUUGAAAUUUCAGUUUCUGGUCUAAGAGCACAAGAAAGGAAUUAGGGUCCGUUUAGGGGAGUUAAGCAGAAAGAAGAUUGUUGUUCUUCGUAAGUUGAUCUAUUGAAGAAAAUACAAAAAAACUACACCAAGACCUGAAAAUCAAAAAAAUGAUUUGAAAAAUUUUAUUUUUAGCGCUUUUAAAUCAAAUUUGCUCCAAGUUUGCGUCAGUAAAUUCAAGAGUUUCUAUUUCUCAAAAAGCAAAAACACUAUUUUUCUUGUUAGUUUUUUUUCAAGAAAGUGGUAGUCUAUCCUCCCCUUUGAAACCAAAAAAAUCAUCACAAUGUCUUCCUUCUGAACAAUAUACUAUUUACAUCAUCAGCCUACAAAACCAAAGCUUUUCGCUAUUAUUCAAACCUGACAAUAGUUGAUACCUUAUCAAACGUCAAUCUCCUUCUCGACUAUUUCUCGAAAAGUUAAUUAUUACCUUCACGCGCGACGCAAAUUAAUCUGAUGGGAAGAUGGGAAAAAACUGAUAAAAACAGACAGGCUCGACCAAAAAGACUAAUGCGUUGAAUACAUCUCGAUUCAAGUACCGCACCCAUUACUGACUUCGCAGACGACAAAAAAAAGUCGUUUGAAUGAUAUUCUACUUUUUUCUUGAAAAAUGAAAGAUGAAAGUGGAAAAAACUGUUUUCGCUCUUUGUCUAGGAGUUUACGGUAGACGUCUUUGUGAGCUGCGCGUUUCCCAUACCGACCGUCCUGAACUCUUUCAUGUGCCGCGGCUGGAAAAAGCGUGCCGCCUCUUUUUGAAAAAGUAUUGCGCAAUUGUAAAAGCAAACUGAAAAGGGAAGAUUCUAAGGGGACAUCGAAGUGAAAAAUUUUGAUAACUUUACUCACAACGAUGUUUUUUUCAAGUUUAAGAAAGUCCGAAAAUGGCUAUUGCGUGAAUUAAUAAUGAAAUUGAAUAAUAACGUUUGAUCCGUGAAGUUCACUAUAACUGAAGAGCAGAUACCUUACAUUUGAACGGAAAAUAGAACGACUUUUUUCAAGGAGAAAUUAGGCUCAUUUUUCUUAUUUUGUUUUAAGUCAGAUACUCUAUCCGGUACCUUUUCAAACUCUAGUUCUUCUUGUGAUGCAAACUAUUGGAGAUGCCAUAAAAUCUUCCAAACGAAAGCAAAACAGCCGUUCACGCAUUCUGGCCAGCAAUUAUGAUGAUUUACGAGCAAAGGCAGAAAGGCAUACGCUUAUCAAACGUACCCAUGACGUCGUGACGCAACCGCACUGACCCGCUAGAUGAGAAGAUUCUCGGCGGCGCUAACAAAAUCCAAAUUUUCGAUUGCGAAGACCGAUUAUGGACGUUUGAAUAUAUCUAAUCUGUUUUUCCUAAAUGUUCAAAGUAGAGUCAAGCUUUUCCUUUUCCGUUUUCUAGGAAAAUGCAACUCACUCUACGCACUUUUUUUACUCGGUUUCACGUUUGAGCAGCAAAUUAAAAAAAAAAUAAAACAAAAUGAAGUAACAAAGAAAGAAACAUUAUUCUUGUUUUAACAUUUUAAAAAAACUAUAAAAAAAUUGAUAUUUUUUUAAGUAUUCUUAGUUCUACUUUUUAAGUCCAGCCUUUAGGGAUCUUCUUUUGAGGCUCCAAAAAUAUUUUCCUUCAUUUAAAAGAAGUUUCAAACUGCGGAAACAUUGAAUCUUCGUUCAAAGACUGUUUGUACCAGACCAAGCGUAGUAUUGCGUAUUUAACGAUCCGUGAUGGGAUUACCAGCUAAAAACACGCUUUUUACGGUUUUUACGACAACACAACACAUGCCGGUCGUAUCGCGAUUCGCCUCCUUUCCCUUCUUUCGAUGACUCAGACUUAGUUCAACCGGGGACGGCACGUGUCAUGGCGGACCAAAUUUGUGUGGCUUUGAAUCUCCCGCGCGGCUUCUUUUUUGUUUAGUAUGAGAUCAAAAAGACAAUGACUUUUUUCAGACCGUCACCUUGCGGAGCAUCGCUGUGAAUACAAAUUGGACCGGCGCUACCAUCAUUUGCCAAGCUGCCCUGAAUGGAGGUGAGAAAGAAGAGGAAGUAUGAGGACAAAGAAUGAAUAAGGACUUUUUUGGAUAUUGUGAAGAUAAGAAAAUUCGAGCAAAAAGGUCUUUUUCAAGAGUUUUAGAGCCUUUUGAUAAAUUGAAAAAACUGUAACUGAAAUGAAAAUAAGAGCACAAAAGUUUAUCAAUUAUUCAACGCAGUAUCGAGAUUUUGACGAGAAAAGAGGGCUGGAGUUCUUAAAAAGAUCUUCAAAGUCUGGUAAACUUAGUUUCGUGUUGGCGGCAGGUGUAGCAUUUCACAUCUGAAUGGUCGAAACAUCAAAGGUUCAGGCACCAUCGAUUCCGCUCCAGCCACGGUUGACGUGCGGUAUUUGCGACAGCCGCAUGUUGUAGACGCCAGCGGCCAAGGCCCAGUUCUCAUCGCUAAUCAGGGCUACAGGUUUCCAAUUUGAGUUUCUAUUGAUGAUAAUGAUUGAAUUCUAGAUUCUUCGUGGAGUGUGUUCGAGGUAGCGACGGUCUUUGCCAACCUAGCGGCCGCAGAAAGACUCUUCGUUGCGCCGUUCAGGCACAUCCUGACGCUACGCAGUUCCGUUGGUUGAAAAAUGGUAGUCCAAGGUGGGCUCAAUGUUGGAAGAAUUUACUUUAUUUUUUUUUUUAGUGGCAAUGGAGCUGAAAUCACGAUUGGAACUGAAUCUAUCGGGCAGUCGAUUCAGUGUCAGGCUAACAACGGUCUUUACCAGGAUGGUGACAUGCCGAUGAGCCAAGUUGUCCAGAUUGACCCUUACUGUAUUUGAAAAAAUCAAACUCUCAUUCAGUUUUCUCUUUCAGCUUCUGCGCACCUCGUUCAAGAUAAUUUCGCUCAAUUGCAAGCCUCAUCCCCAUUUCUAGCUGGUAACCGCAUCGAAAUGAACCAGCAAGUAAACAUGGGAUGUCAAGUCGAAGGAAACCCGCGUCCGGUCGUUUUUUGGCGCUUGAGAAAGUCUAACGGAGAAGUGAGUUGUUGGUUCUUUCUGAAAGAAGCUGAUCGUUUCUAAGCAGAAUAAACUAGAAAUUCAGGUUGUCGAUGCGGCAUGCCCUCAAGGAUUCGAAGGACAAUACCAGGAAGUUGCUUCGGAUGCCAACCGGGGACAAAACAUCGUGGUACGUCGCCGAAGCCACUCGACCUCUACCACUUGAUGUCGUUUUUAGAGACUCACCGCUCUGUGUUCCCUGCGCAUUUCCAACUACUCGUUGUCGGGUCAGUAUUGGUGCGCCGCGUGUUCUUACGUCAGCCAGGGACAGCCAGAAUGCUCACCGAGUUUGGAGUCACCGGGCUCUUCCACUCUGAGCGUUCAAGUUAUUGGAGCACCUAUGACUUCCGAUGCUCCCGCCGGAAUUGAGCAGGUUAGAAAGAAAAAAAGCAACAGAAGAAAAUCUUUGUUAGGUAGAAAAAAAUUAUUUCACAUCAGAUUCUGAAAAAAAUAAAAAGAGAUGAAUGAGAGCUAAAGCUGAAAUCGAUAGAUUGGAUAUGAAAAGUACAAAUUCAACGAUUUGUUAGAUCAAAGUCAAAGUUUUUUUAAUUUCUAAGAGUAUUUAAACUUACAAACUUUCCAGAAAUUAUAAUUGUAUUGAAAGUCAGGGCACUCGGUUGAAAAAAAAAGAUGAUUCUUUUUUCAGAACGUUCGUGGGAAUGAUGCCGUUGUGACAGUUCAUUACUGUGCUGAGCCAAUGCCUCGACCUCCAAGAGAAGUUGUUUUCAGCGUCGACCAAAACGAUCUUCAAGUUGGUUUAACCAUCUCAUUCUCGAACUUUAUCUUCUUUUCAAUAGGUUGGACAAGUUUGGGACAAUUUCCGUUUCGAAAGCGCCAUCCAGAACAAUACCGUACCCAACUGUUACCUUGCCCGCCUUCAAAUUUCUCCUGUGCGUGAGGAAGAUCAAUACCGACAGAUCACUCUCAAGCUGCAAAAUCAGUUCGGCACAAAACAGUGAGUUUGGCAAUCGUCCAAGACAAAGUCUACCGGUGGACUGGGAACAAACACCGGCUGGAUUACUGGAGAAAAGACACUGUUUGCCAAAGAAUUUGGGUUAUCUCGAUGGCGCGCGACCGUUACGAUCCUCUCAGAAAAGGCUCGGAUAAAUAUAAAUCAUGUUUGGCAGAAAGGUGUCGCUGCCACACAAUGUCUCACUUUUGAAAGACGCCUUUGAUAUCGAGACACUUGGCAAUUUUGAAGAGUCUAAAAUAGGCUCACAGGUCGCGUUAGAUGGCUUGAAUGAGCCUCCGCGCACCUGGGCUGCCUCGCUAAGUAUGUCAAGGGUUUUUUUUCUGGAGAGGGAGGUCAGUGCAAGGCGUAUGAAGGAUGAUUGAGAUUAAUUAGUACAAAAAAACGACUUGAAAUUCAAAAACUCGAAAAACUUGAAAAAAACCAGAAUCACAUAUAAAAAAAUAAAACUGUAUCUAGUAGAAAUAUUCAUCCAAAUUUUGUGUGAGAAAACCCACUAAUAAAAUUUUGUUUGGCCCUUUCUCCAUAAACUAGGAAUUUGCUUGAAGAAGUUGCAAAUCUCAUCUAUUUCAUGCAUUUUCCCAUUUGAAUCAUGUUUUGUAUUGCAAAUAACUAGAUUCAAGUAUGUGCAGCCUGAUAAAGAAUAAACACUGAACUAUUAUCAAAACUCUCAUUACGACUGAGCGAGAAUAAACCCAAAAAAUUCAUUCAUGAUAAAAAAGACACCGUUACUCAGAAAUUUUAUUCAGAAUCCCAGUGUCUUUGGACGCUCUUCUUGGCGGAGACAAUGCUGUUGGAGUCAGGUUGUCCGGAGUUUGGGUGGCUGUUUUCGUGGUCAUCGGCACCGUACUUUUCCUGAUGUGCGUCGUCGUGCUCUGCAUCCGACGAAGUAUGCUCUGCUUCAAUCGUAAGCUUUUUGUAGCGCUGAGUCUCUUUCACUGCUUCUACGACAGUUGGAUACAAAAAAUGACCACGACAUAAGUUUCAGGUGUCAAGGAGCACAGUGAUUACAGCGAGCCUAAAGCGAAAGCCAAGUGAGUCUUUUUUUAAUGAAACGACAGGAGUGUUUACUUUUUCUUUGUUUUUCUACCACCUGAUAAAUUCCCGUCUUCGAAUUAAAAAAGGAAACGACUAGAAAGCAAUACUUUGGAUGACAAAAAUUUUUUUUUGAAGUGAGUGAGAAAUAAAAUAACUCGCAUCAGCUUAGUCAAUUGGAGAGACUGAAACUUCUAUUGUUUCGCCCAUUCACUCUAUGAAGGCUAAGCCAAGAUAUUGUUUGAGGCUUGAUCCAACUUUAAAAAUUCUUAAUACUGAAAAACAUGACCAAGGAAAAUUAUCAUCUAGAUAUUAGAGACAAAAUCUAAACUUCAAAAUGAAGUUGAAAAACAAUGAGAAAUCUUAAAGAACAUCUUUAAGAUUUCUCAUUGAUUUUUGUCUUCGGCCGUCAAAGUAUUCGGAAAGAUUCUACAAGUUUUCAGGAUCAAACAGAAAUAAUUAUAUUAAUGAACCUUUUUUUCAGCCUUAACACUCGUGAACACUUGUACGACGCGAGUGCGGACGCGCCGCGGCUUUUCAACCAGCCAGUCGAGGUUUGCGAUCCGUCAUAUGGAGUCUAUCUGAGUCGGGAAGCAGUCGUCUAAUAAUAUCUCCCCGAAAGCUUUUCCCACUAACUCUCAAUAUUUUUUUCAUUCGGUAGAUAGUCCUGUCAUGCCUAUCCGUUAUUCGUUAAAUAACCAAGAUUCUAGAGCGUACUUACGUUUUUUUUUGUUUGCCCCAAAACCCUUUCUCAGAUUAGUUUUAUACAUGUAUUGAUCUCACAUUUAGGGCACCGCCUACGAUUUGGCCGUUCGGGAAGCUUAUUGCGAAUCACGCAUGUCGACGGUUUAACAAAAAUGUCGCUUUUCAUGUAAUUUUUUCUGCACCGCUGAUUUUUUUUUGAUUUUCCUUUCCAUUUUAUACAUGCCGAAAAGAUUUCGUUCAACACACACCAUGAUUGUAUUUUGACUUCUUGAAAAAGCAGCCAGAAUAAGAUCAUAUUCGCUGCACGCAACCUCUCGGCAUGACCUCGACCACCAUUUUUUCCUUUUUUGUUCACUUAACAUUUUCUUCACGAUUGGGCCGCUUUUUUCCUACGAAGUAGUUUAGAAGCGUGCACCGCUCUUCCACGAAGGCGUAAACUAUGCUGAGUUGCAAUUGAGAGCAAGUGGAACUGGACCUUUGGUCAGUUCGGCGUCUUCUUUCUCUUCCUCCUCGACCUCCUCGGCGCCCCAGACGGCGUCCGUCCAGUCCGUCGUGUGA